AUGAAGAAGAUCCGUCCCAAUCAGGCGAGGCGUGCGCGAUCGGAGACUGUGACACACGAUCGUAGCAACAACGGCGGAGUGCAAUCGCGCGGUACGCUCGGAGAAUUCCUGGCUGGUCAAUGA